GCCGUGGUGAGCAAGCAAGCAUGUCAGCACAGAAUGAAGUCAGCUUAAUGGAUUUGACGAUGGAGCAGCUGAACAAUCUAAAGACGCAGUUUGAGCAGGAGCUACAACAGCUUACGUCGUCAUUCACAGGCCUCCGAGAAGCACAGACUCGUUUCUCCGACUCCAAAGUCGCGCUGCAGUCGCUGCAACCGGCCAACCUAGGCAAGCGCGUGCUGGUUCCUUUGACGUCGUCGAUGUAUGUCCCAGGAACGCUUACCAACGUGGAGACUGUGCUCGUGGACGUGGGAACGGGCUACUUUGUCGAGAAGAAUGUUGACGAAGCCAAGGGGUUCAUGGACCGCAAAGUCGCGUUCCUGCAGCAAAACACCGAGUCGCUCAAGGACGUGCUUGAAAACAAACGUACCAACUUGGAAGCGGUAAUUCAAGUCAUGCAACUCAAGAUGCGGUUGGCCGAGCAGGGAAAGUAAUCGACUUGUCAACAUCGCAAUUAGUUUGACCCCCAUGACCGUUCGAUCCUUUGUGGAGUCGCCAUGAGGCUUGUGCAAUUGAUGAUCCGCGCCACUCAAGCGCCGUCAUUGUACCCAC